GCCAACUAAUGACAAGUGCCUAUCUGAAGCCAGCAGCAGGCAUUGGUUGGUUGAUUGACAUUGCCUGACAACAAGUCAACCUAACCCAAGCUUUCCAGUUGUGACUUGGAUACGUGUAGUACCCGACACAACUGAACUGAACUGCAACCAGACUAAGUCCGUCUUGUACCGCAGUUUGACGACAGCUUCAAGGACUCUGUGAGACAGCAGCAAGGCCUGGAGCGUUGUUCUUGAUGAUCCAGACGAGCCUCUAAACCUCUCCCUUUUGUUUGUUUGCUUGCCUGUCUGCUUGCUUGGUGCUUCUUUCUCCUUGGACUUGAAUAGCGCCUUCUCCUUCCGCGAGGUGCACCACCACUCGAGAUGCUGGGCUCGGGCCAGCUGUCCAUGUCGGGAGGCUGGACGGCAUACCUCUGUCUUGCAUCUGCCUUGACCGGCCUGUUUGGUCCAGCAGUCGCCGUCAAGGAGCACGACUUCAAGAAAUGCGACCAGGCUGGCUUCUGUAAGCGUAACCGGGCCUUUGCCGACCACGUCGUCGCCAAUACCGCAUGGGAGUCGCCCUACAACAUCCUCGCCGACUCGGCCUCCUUCAAGGAUGGCCAGUUGCAGGCCACCAUCCUCAAGACGGUCAACGAUGCCGGCGAGACCGUCCGCCUUCCCAUCACCGUUUCCUUCCUCGAGUCCGGAACCGCGCGUGUCACUGUCGACGAAGAGAAGCGACAAAAGGGCGAGAUCGAGCUUCGCGGUGACAGCAAGGCCAGAAAGCAACGCUACAAUGAGGCCGAGCAAUGGGUCAUCGUCGGCGGCUUGACCCUCGACAAGGAGGCCAAGGUGGACUACCAAGAUGACACCCAGAUCACCGUUCAGUACGGCCCCGAGUCCAAGUUCGAGGCCUCCAUCAAGUUCGCCCCCUUCUCUAUUGACUUCAAGCGCGAUGGAGACACGCACAUCAAGUUGAAUGACAAGGGCUUACUGAACAUGGAGCAUUGGAGGCCCAGGAUUGAUGCGUCCCCUGCGCCCGAGAAGCAGGAGGGCGAGGACAACAGCAGCAGCGAAACCGAGAGCGCCGAGACUACCGCUGCCCAGGUUCCCGAGGCCUACCCUGGUGAGGACCAAAACACGUGGUGGGAGGAGAGCUUUGGUGGAAACACCGACUCCAAGCCCCGUGGCCCUGAGAGUGUUGCCCUGGAUAUCUCCUUUGUCGGUUAUGAUCACAUUUACGGUAUUCCUUCGCAUACCGGCCCCUUGUCUCUCAGGCAGACUCGUGGCGGCGAAGGCAAUUUCCAAGAGCCGUACCGAAUGUACAACGCCGAUGUGUUCGAGUACAUCCUCGAUAGCCCCAUGACCCUGUACGGAUCCAUCCCGUUCCUGCAGGCCCAUCGCAAGGAUUCCAGUGUUGGCAUCUUCUGGCUUAACGCUGCCGAAACUUGGGUUGAUAUCACCAAGGAAAAGGAGUCCAAGAACCCCCUGGCCUUGGGUAUUGGUUCUAAGACGAGCACCAGCACUCACUGGAUCUCCGAGGCCGGCCUCUUGGACGUGUUUGUCUUCUUGGGCCCUACUCCUCAGGACCUUAUCCGCAAGUACUCUGAGCUCACCGGCACUACCGCCAUGCCUCAAGAAUUCUCGCUCGGCUACCAUCAGUGCCGCUGGAACUAUGUGUCUGACGAAGAUGUCAAGGAUGUUGAUCGCAAGAUGGACAAGUUCAAUAUUCCCUACGAUGUCAUCUGGCUCGAUAUCGAGUAUACCGAUGACAAGAAGUAUUUCACUUGGGAUGGCCAUAGCUUCGCUGAUCCCAUUGGCAUGGGCAAGCAGCUUGAAAGCCAUGGACGUCAGCUGGUUGCCAUUAUCGACCCCCACAUCAAGAACGUCGACGGCUACAAGGUUUCUGAGGAACUAAAGUCUCAGAAAUUUGCUGUGAAUAACAAGGAUGGCGAAAUUUUUGAGGGUUGGUGCUGGCCCGGCUCGUCCCACUGGGUCGACGCCUUCAAUGCCGCCGCCCGGAAGUGGUGGGCCACUCUUUUCAAGUACGCCAGGUUUGAGGGUUCCAUGAGGAACACCUGGAUUUGGAACGACAUGAACGAGCCCUCGGUGUUCAACGGCCCCGAGACUACGAUGCCCAAGGACAACCUCCACUAUGGUAACUGGGAGCAUCGUGACAUCCACAACUUGAACGGGUUAACCUUCCAUAACGCUACUUUCGAAGCCCUCAAGUCCCGCGAGGCAGGCGAAUUCCGUCGUCCCUUCGUGCUCACCCGCUCCUUCUUCGCUGGUUCUCAACGCCUUGGUGCUAUGUGGACCGGUGACAACCAGGCCGCAUGGGACCAUCUGGAAGGCUCCAUUCCCAUGGUUCUUAGCCAGAACAUUGCCGGUUUCCCCUUUUCUGGCGCUGAUGUUGGUGGUUUCUUCGGGAACCCCGAGAAGGAGCUGUUGACGCGCUGGUAUCAGGCCGGUGCCUUCUACCCCUUCUUCCGUGCCCAUGCCCACAUUGACUCCCGCCGCCGCGAGCCUUAUCUUGCCGGUGAACCGUACACCACCAUCAUCGCUGCGGCUCUCCGCCUUCGCUACAGCCUUCUCCCAUCUUGGUAUACCGCUUUCCGCCAGGCCUACCUUACCAACGAGCCCGUUAUCAAGCCCAUGUUCUACACUCAUCCCAACGAGGAGGCUGGCUUUGCUAUCGACGAUCAAUUUUUUGUUGGCAACACUGGUUUACUUGCCAAGCCUGUUACCCAGAAGGACAAGGAGACGGUAGACAUCUGGAUUCCUGAUAACGAGGUCUACUAUGACUACUUCACCUACGACAUCAUCCCCUCCAACAAGGGUAAGACGGUAACUCUUGACGCACCCCUUAGCAAGAUCCCUCUCCUCAUGCAGGGUGGCCACAUCUUCGCCCGCCGUGAUCGGCCCCGUCGGUCCAGCACUCUUAUGAAGUGGGAUGACUACACCCUUGUCGUGACCGUCGGCAAGGACGGAAAGACCGCCGAGGGUGAUCUCUAUGUCGAUGACGGCGACUCCUACGAGUUCGAGAAGGGCCAGUACAUUUACCGCAAGUUCAUCCUUGACGGUGAUGCCAAGACCAUCUCCUCCGUUGACGGCGAGGACCGCAAGAAGGUCAAGGAGGGCGACUGGAUGAAGAAGAUGCACCAGGUUACCGUUGAUAAGAUUAUCAUCGUCGGCGCCCCUGCGUCUUGGGAUAAGCAGGAGGUCACUGUGGAGUCAGAGGGCGAGACCUGGACUGCUACGCUCGAGUACACCCCCGCCGGAAAGGGCCGAGCCGCAUUUGCAGUCGUCAAGAAGGUUGGCGCGAGGAUUGGAGCCGAUUGGAAGGUUUCCUUCGCCUAGAUGGGGCGGGGCCCAAACAGCUGGUCUCGGGAGGAGGCAUGGGGAGGGGAAAAAAAGAGGAGGAGGCUUUGAAUGACUGAGGCGUUGCGCGUGUCUCAUGUACACUACACCGCUCGCUGGACGUUGUGUUCCAUAUCGGUCUGAAUGCCGUGUCUAUUUUGGAGGCCAGGAUUUUACACAUACAAAAAUAUAUCUGCACAUUGAGAAAGAAGUCAGCUCGUACUUCCAGGCAAUGAGCAUGGCUAUGCUUGCGGUUUUCUAGUGCUCUUGUUUAUUUUUAGGUGUUCGUUAACCAAGCAGCGUGACUGCCUGUUGGCUUCCAAACAGCCCUUUCCGAUCAUGUUGAAUCCCGUUACACACGCA